GGCUUUUCCCUUUAGCUUAACCAUUUGCCCAAAACCCUUGUAUUUCUCCUUGUGACCUAAGCGCGCGCGUUCAUGGAGGACGACGACGAGUUCGGAGAUCUCUACACAGAUGUCCUCCGCCCCCUCCAACAAUCUGCCGCAGGGAAGGCGCCGCCCCCGAUCGAUCCCCACAUCGACAGCGACGAUGAGGAGAUUCUCUACGGAGCUUCGGAUUCGACCACGGCGAAGCUCAAUCCUAAUUUGAAUCCCUCUAGGAAUUCGGACGCCUUGAAUUUGGAAAAAACCAUUCUUCAACCUAGGAAAAUUGGUUUGAAUUCGGAUUCGUGCCAAAGGAUUGAUGGAUUAGUUGAAAAGGGGGGUGAUAGUUCGGGGUUUGAGGCUAGGGUUUUGGAGAAGGGGCGUGGCAAGGUUUCGGAUGAUGAUGAUGAUGAUAUUGAUAUAAUUGUGGAAGAAAGGGAGGAUAAGGACGGGGAUUUGAUGGAGAAUGAUCCUAACUUAACGAACAAUGACGUGAAGAUGUAUGCUACUGCAGUUGAAGAGGGAAAUAGUAUGAAUUUGUUGAAUGAUGCUGGUGAAAUCGGUUCGCAGCAGAUGAUCCCAGGGCUUUCGGGAGGGUUGCAGAAUCCCGGGGCUACGAAUAUUGAGGAUGAGUGGGACAGUGAAGAGAGUGAUGAUGAUCUGCAGAUAGUGCUCAACGACACCCACCACGGGCCAAUGGGGAUGGAAAGGAUGCCGGGAGUGAUUGACGAGGAUGAUGAAGAUGGAGAGCCUUUGGUGAUUGUCGCGGAUAAUGGGGACCCUCAUCACCAGGCGCCGAGGACUGUGGACGAGCAAGAGUGGGGCGGUGAGGAAGGAGGAUCUGGAGCCGACAGGGAGAAGGAUUUAGGAGACGCCACAAAGGCAAGUGGAGGAGGAGGUGUGGCUGCUCCCGCAGCUGCACAGCCAAAGGUUGCGUACAGCAAUCAUGCAUACCAUCACCCAUUCUCUUCACAGUUCAAGUAUGUGAGACCUGGUGCAGCACCAUUACCUCCAGCAGCUCCUGGAGGAAUCCCAGGUCACGUUCGUCCACCCAUCAACAUGGGGCCUCCAGCGGGACGUGGAAGAGGUGAUUGGAGACCUGCAGGAAUGAAAGGGACCUUGCCUCAGAAAGGGUUCCAUCCUCCAGCUUGGGGAGUUAAUUCAGCAGGUCGUGGUUAUGGAAGUGGAUUGGAUUUCACUCUUCCUUCACACAAGACAAUUUUCGAAGUUGAUAUUGAUAGUUUUGAAGAAAAGCCAUGGAAACUUCCUGGUGUAGAUGUGUCUGACUUUUUCAACUUUGGUUUGAAUGAGGAUAGUUGGAGAGAGUACUGCAAACAACUGGAACAACUAAGGCUUGAGAUGACUAUGCAAAGCAAAAUUCGUGUUUAUGAAAGUGGAAGGGCAGAACAGGAUUAUGAUCCAGAUCUUCCGCCAGAGCUUGCAGCUGCAGUUGGUAUCCAAGAUAAUACAUCAUCUCUAAAAGCAAGUCAUGGAAAGGUUGAUGAUGGUCCGACUGACUUAGCAAGAGCAGCUGCACGUGAACGGCCUUCUCUUCCUGUUGGCAGACCUAUUCCAGUAGAAACUGGUUCUGGUGAUCGUCUUCCAUCAAUUGAUACAAGGCGCCCAAGAAUGCAUGAUAUUGAUACUAUUAUUGAGAUCGCCUGCCAGAGUCCCAUGGAUGGUGAUGAUACAUCAGAGCAGCUGGAUAGUGGUGAUACUGCAAGAAAGGAUCAUGUUCGUGGAGGUGAUGAAGCUGAUAGUCUUCAACAGGAUGAUGCAGACCAUAUGGAUAGCUAUUCACCUGCAUGUACUGAUAAUAAAAGAGAAUUUGCAUCAAGAAGACCACAUCCGAAGAACACUGUCAAUAAUGAUGGUAUUGCAAAAGAGGAUGUUUCACAUCUUCCUUCAGAAAAUUCGCAUUCUGAUCGGGAAAAUAUCGUCCUGCGAGAGGAGAGGGAUAAUGAUGCUUCAGUGGUGGAUGAUAAAAGCUUUAAUAUGGAGGGACAGGAAAUGGCUUCAGAUGCAUCGGAGAGGGGUAAACGUGAAGAAGGUAUUUUAAAUUCCACAAAGAAACAAAAGCUAAGUUUACCCGUAGGACAACCACAUGAGUAUGAUGAUGGGAAAGACUCAAAGGCUGCAAGGAGUAAUGACAGCAAAAUAAGAUCAGGAAGCAGUGAACAUCUUCAUAGUUCAGAUGAUGUUGACGAUGAUGCCCUUCAGGAUAGGCACCCUCUUCGACCAGGUAACAUCAGGAGAGAAGUAGGAGACGAGGACUAUGCUCAUAGGAAAGAUCACUAUGAUAGAGACGAAGCUGGAAAGCAGAACAUGGUGGGUAAAGGGAGAGAAGAUUCUUUUUCACGUAGAAGUGGUGGGGAUGCUAACUCAUCACUUCAUCGGCAUGCAAAAGCUGACAGUGCUGACUGGAGGAAGGGUAGUGAUAUAUCCGAAGGAACCUGGAAUCGGAGAGAUGAGGAUCAUCGUGGCAGAAGAACAAGACUUGAAGACCAGAGAAAGAGGGACCAUGGUCGUGAAAUCAGCUCCAGAGAUCGCGAUAAGCUUAGAGAAAAAGAUACGACUGAGAAAGACGAACAUCACCUACCAAGAAAUCGGCUGGAUAAUGGCAGUUGGAGGGGAACUAAUCAUGAAUUGGAUUCCAUAGGAUCUAGAGAAAGAGAUAGGGAUGAUCAUCUUAAAGGUCGGAGUGAAAGAGUAGAUGACCAUGACCUUCAUAGCACCAGAAGAAAAGAAGAGUCACAUGUCAGACAGACGAAUGCUGAAAAAGAUGAUAUUUCUCAAAAUCACAGGAGUAGUAGUACGCGGAGGAAAAGAGAGAGAGAUGAUGGCUCUGAUCUGCUCAAAAGAGAUGAGCAAGGUAGAUCAAAGGAUGAUGAGGUGCAUUUUGCUCGUCAAAAAGAAGGGGUACCGUCUCAAAGGGAGAGAAGUGAAAGGCCAAGAGAGCGUGAUGAUUGGCAUAGAACUAAGCAAGAUGACCUUUUGUCGAAGAGAGAAAGAGAAGAAACACGGCCAGUGACAAGGAGUGGGAGGGCUGCUGAAGAUAAAACAUGGCCAAGUCAUUCAAGAGGGAAUGAUGACUAUAAACUAUCCAGCAGAGAUUACCAUCCUAAGAAUGUAGGUCGGCAUAGUGAUCAACUCAAGCAGAGGGAUCGAAUUGAAAAUGAGAGUUUUUCACAGCGUAGGAGCCACGACGAUGUUUAUGCUCGUGGAAAUCAACUAAGCGUUGAUGAGAAAAGAACAAGGUACGACAAGACUAGCAAUCGGGAUGAUCGUGCUGCCUAUGGUUCUGAUACUUCUAGGGCACAUGAAUACAAAAGGAAAGAAGCUGGUCGAAAGAGUAGAGAAUCAGAGAGUGGAGAUCAAAGCUCCUUCAUACCUUCGAAGAGGAAUCAGGAUGCAGAUGGCGGCCGGCUAAAUGAGAAGGCAAACUUGAGAGGCAGAACUGAGCAGCAAAGUGGUCAUGGUCCUGCAAAUCACCAAUCAUCUCGAAAGCAGAAAGAAGAGGCUUCAACCGACGAAGAACAACCUGACUCAAAGAGGGGUCGAUCCAAAUUGGAACGGUGGACUAGCCAUAAGGAGAGGGAUUUUGGCAUAACCCCCACUGCAUCUUCUUUGAAGAAAAGAGAUCGAGACACACACAACAGUAGUGUGACUCCUGAAGACCCUCCCGGAAAGAUAGAAGACAAACCACAUCCGCCUGCUGUGGAGAACAAAGAAGAUGGUCCAGAAAUGAAUAAAGCAGGGACUGUUGAGGACAAACACUUGGAUACUGUUGCCAAGUUGAAGAAACGAAGCGAGCGUUUCAAGCUUCCCAUGCCUAUUGAUAAAGACGCAGUUGCAGCGAAGGAGAUGGAGAGUGGGCCUCGGAGCCAAGCUGAGAUACGGGCCGAGUCAGAGAUCAAAUCGGAGCGACCAGCACGAAAGAGAAGGUGGACCAGCAAUUAGUAGUGAAGGAUACUGUCGUUUUGUGGUUGAAGAACCCUAUAUAUUAUGUUGUCGGAUAUUUGAGGCAUCUUGCAUUCUAUGAUUUAAAUUGCGGCGGCCAUAAACUGUUGUAGUUUUUGUAGCACUCGAGAUUACUUUGUAUAUAUGUAGAGAUCAGAUGGGCUGUAACAGUUUUCAACAUUAUUUAUCUUUUUAACACACCACCAUAUACAGUGUAUUAUCAUUAUUAUUUCAUAAUGAGGAUUUUGGUUAGUCUGCA